CAGGUCACGUUAGCACGUAAAGCGCGGACAAGAUCCGAAGAGUUCGAAGGGAGCAACCGAGUUGGCUGGUCGUUGGUAGCGCGUCAGAGGUCAAAUAAAGUGCAGUGACAUUUUGUUUGGUUAUAAAAUGGAACCCAAACUAAAUUUGAGGGAAGAACCCACGUGGUUACAAUUACAGCAGUUGUACGACAGCCAGGGGAGCAAAAUCAAUAUAUACGAAUUAUUCAAAGCUGAUCCUAGUCGAUUUGAAAAAUACAGCCUUCAAAUCCAAACACCAGAGGAUGGACCAAUUUUACUUGACUAUUCCAAAAAUCGUAUUAAUGAUGAAGUUCUUUCUCUACUCUUUCAACUGGCACGUGCCCGUAAAGUAGAAGCAGCAAGAAAUGCCAUGUUUUCCGGACAAAAGAUCAACUUUACUGAAAAUCGAGCAGUUUUGCAUAUUGCCCUACGAAAUAGAUUGAAUACUCCAAUUCUUGUUGAUGGCAAAGAUGUAAUGCCUGAUGUGAACGGGGUUUUAAGUCACAUGAAGGAGUUUACUGAACAGGUCAUUACAAAAAAAUGGACUGGAUUUACAGGAAAACCCAUUGAGGAUGUUGUAAACAUUGGAAUUGGAGGUUCAGACCUGGGUCCCUUGAUGGUGACAGAAGCUUUGAAGCCAUAUCAUAUUGGCCCCAGAGUUCACUUCGUGAGCAAUAUAGAUGGAACUCACAUUGCAGAAACUUUGAAGAAAAUUAAUCCUGAGACCAGUUUAUUCAUAAUUGCCUCAAAAACCUUUACGACACAAGAAACCAUAACCAAUGCGACAUCGGCUAAACUUUGGAUUUUGGAACAUUUAAAGAGUGAAGCAGCCGUGGCUUCACACUUUGUAGCUCUGUCCACAAAUACACAAAAGGUUAAAGAGUUCGGCAUUGACGAAAAGAAUAUGUUUGGAUUCUGGGACUGGGUCGGAGGUCGCUAUUCACUAUGGUCUGCUAUUGGUCUUUCCAUAUCACUAGCUAUAGGCUUUGAAAACUUUGAAAAGCUUUUGAGUGGCGCUCACUUCAUGGAUCAACACUUUUGCUCAGCUCCAUUAGAAAAAAAUGCACCAGUAAUUCUUGCUUUACUCGGUGUUUGGUAUCACAACUUCUAUGGGGCAGAAACUCAUGCGCUACUACCAUAUGAUCAGUAUCUGCAUAGAUUUGCUACAUACUUCCAACAAGGUGACAUGGAAAGUAAUGGAAAGUAUGUCACUCGAUCUGGUAAAACAGUAGAUUAUACUACAGGUCCGAUUGUAUGGGGAGAACCUGGAACAAAUGGACAGCACGCAUUUUAUCAACUAAUUCAUCAGGGCACACGUCUCGUGCCAGCAGAUUUUAUAGCUCCUGCUAUCUCACAUAACAAGGUCCAAGGAACUACGCAUCACAAACUUUUGCUAGCUAACUUUUUAGCUCAAACUGAAGCGUUAAUGAAGGGCAAGACCGAGUCUGAGGCUAAAGAAGAACUGCAAAAGGCUGGUUUGAGUCCAGGGGAAUUGAGUGCUAUACUACCGCACAAAGUCUUCCAAGGAAACCGACCUACAAACAGCAUUGUGGUUAAGGGAGUUACUCCCUUUACUUUGGGAGCACUCAUUGCAAUGUACGAACAUAAAGUCUUCGUACAAGGAGUCAUUUGGGACAUUAAUUCAUACGAUCAGUGGGGUGUGGAAUUGGGAAAGCAGUUGGCUAAAGCUAUAGAGCCUGAGCUUAAAAACAACAACACGAUUACCAGCCAUGAUUCUUCGACAAAUGGGUUGAUUGCGUUUAUUAAAGCUCACAGCUUUUAAGCAUUUAAUUGAUUGUGUAGUGUGGAGUUGGGUAAACAGCUAGCACUGAAAAUCCUUGCAAUGCUGUAUCACAAUGGCGCUAUCCAGACUGAAGAUUCGUCUACGAACGGCAUAAUUAAUUUCAUCAAGAUGCAGACCUGCAUGUGUGCGUCCGCCAGCUGUGAUACAGUGGAAUCGGAACCCAAAUCCCUUUUUUAACUAUUUACGGUUCAUUUCAAUGUGAGUCAGCCUAUUGUGAAAUAUAUCUUCGCAUUACUUGAAAUUCCUCUAUGUAUGUUCAGUAAAGUCAAAUAUGCGUAUUGGAUUGUUGAAUGUUAGUGAUAGUCAUGGACGUCUACUUUCUCAUUUUCAUUCGUUUUCUGUUAAUAUCUAGCUAAUAACCCAUGACCCGUCAUCAGCCAAAUUAGAAAGUCUAGAACUAAUCACUUAAACAAUUAUUGAUUAAAUUAGUAGCUGUACAUGUGAAACAAUGUAUACUGCUUCGUUUAUUAUACGUAAAUAUUAUAUACUUUGUUAUACGCAUAAUUUAUAAUAUUUUUUACAUCAAACUGAUUUCCUUGUAUCAUUCCCAGUGGAAAAAAAUGUAAUUUAUUGGCUUUUCAGAUUGAUAUUAAAUAUCAGUCAUGUAUGUAACAUCACAACAUUAUUCUUAGCAACUACGUUCAAUACAAGAACAGAAUUUGAACUUA